GCUGGAUAAAGCAUAGCCCGAUUUCUCUUUGGGCCUACCAGAAACUUCUCUCAUCUAUCUACUUCAAUUCUCCUCAAAUCUGCAGAAUCGAAGUUCGUCAAUCUCUUUUACGCUAUCAAAUUAGGGACUAGCUUGUAGAAAUGCAGGGAGGUAGAGACCCUUUUGGUGGUUUUGGGGACCCUUUUGGUGGCUUUGGACGUCAAAGGAGUAUGAUUUCCGAGUUUUUUGGGGGAAGGGAUCCAUUUGACGAUCCCUUUUUCAGGAGCCCCUUUGGGGGAAUGUUUCAGUCGAGCCCUUUUGGCUCUAAUGGAGGUCCAUUUAUGAAUUCCCAUACUUCUGGAUUCCUCCAACACCCGCCACCCAGCUUACCCCAGCAGCCUAACCUGUCUAGGGGACCAGUGAUGUCAAGGGGACCGGUGAUUGAGGAGCUGAACUCCGACGACGAAGAGGAUGAGAAGGAGAGUAGAGAGAUGAAGAAAGAGAAUCCUAGAAAACAUGGAAGAUUGAGCAAGGAGCCCAUUGUGGAGGACCCUGAUGAUGAAGCUACUGAGAAAAAGAGCAAGCAUCUUGCUCACUGGAAUGAUAUGAACCAGAUGCAACAUGGAAGGAUGCAGCCUGGAGUGAAUAGCUUCACUUUUCAAAGUUCCAGUGUUUCUUAUGGCGGUGCUAAUGGUGCAUUCUACACCACAUCUAGUACUAGGAGAACAGGGAGUGAUGGAUUGACCUAUGAAGAAUUCAAAGAAGCUGAUUCAUCAACUCGUCAAGCAACUCAUAGAGUCGGAAGGGCAAUCCACAACAAGGGUCAUUCUGUCACCCGGAAACUGAAGUCAGAUGGACAUGUAGAUACAAUGCAGACUCUGCACAAUAUCAACCAAGAUGAACUACCUCGUUUUGAGGAAGCAUGGAAAGGAAAUGCUAAAAUGCAUCUCCCUGGAUGGAGUGAAGAAUCUGCUAGCCGAGAUGCUAUGCGGUCUGCAAGAAUCAGUGAUAGAGGGGGCUGGGCACUUCCUAGCGUUGGGAGUUCGAAUAAUGCAGGAAGCACAAAAACAGCUGCAGGAGGACUCCCUCAGCAGCAUUCAGGAAGAGCAAAACCUGAUGGUGGUAAUGGAUCAGGCUCCUCAUCACGUGUUAGAGAACACAGAGCUGGCAGUGGUCAUCAAAACAACAAGCACUACUAAUUUGAGCGGUCCAGUUUCUCACACAGACGGGGGGGAUGGAGGUUUCUGGGUCUUGAGAGUUGCUAGCUAUGUUAGUGAUUUACGUGUACCAGAAUUAAUGUACUAUAUGAGAUGUUAUAAGUUGAAUUUAGCAUAUCUGUAAUGGCUUAAUUCUCUUUGUGAAUUAUGUGUAUGAAAUUAUGAAUGGAUGGGGAGCUGUUCUGACUUC